CAGCAUGAGGCAUGAGAUUCAGAGAUUGAACAGCAGGGAGUUGGCGUUACCUCCGGUCAGAUGUGGUCAACUCAGCUUGGAGCGAGCAAGCAAGCCUCUCGUUAUCACCACGUUAGUUGUUAUGCGUUGACGGGGCAUCACUCUCCCGACCUGUCCUCUUGCAUUUACCAGGCGCGUAGGCUUGGCUCAAAGGGCCAAUCAGCUUUUUAGUCCUUGCUCGCUCGACUUGAGAAUAAGGUCGCGGUAUUAUUCUUUCAAGGUUAUUUCCUUCUCUUUAAGGCCUUUAUAUUCAGAUCCUAUGGGAGUUUUUCUUUUCACGGCGUUGUUUUGGACCUUAAGUGGAGUGGGAUGCCUGCCUCUAUCCUCCUCUCUACAGGUUGGAAAGGUUGCUGACUGUAUUCAGGACUCCCUGAAUAGUAGUGGCGGUGUGCCACAUCCUGGCUGUGACAAACUGAAAACUGAUGAUGCUGUCCACAGGCACCAGGGUCUCCUGAGGGAGCUGCAGGAGCUGGCCCAGGAGGAGAGGGAAAGAGAGAGAGACUAUGGGAGGGAGAAAAAGCGAAAUGAGGAGAACCAGGCUGAGGGAGAGAGGGACAGAGAGAGGAGGGAGGAGGAGGAGCAGAAUGAUGACCAGAAGGACACUGAGAAAGAAGAACUGAGAGAGAAAGAGAUGAAGGCAGAAGGGGUAGAGGAGGAGAAGGUGGAGAUGAAGGACAGAACGAAUAAGGAGAUGAGAGAAGAGCCCAGACUGGAGGAGAAAAGGGGGGAUGAGGAAGAGAACGCGAAGGAGCUGGAGGAGCUCUUCUCAAAGGAGCUAAGGAAGAUAGGAGAGGAGGAAAAAGAGGACAGGGAGCUUGAGGAGCUGCUCAAGGAGCUGAAGAAGAAAAGGUAUGAGUCGGUGAAGGAGAAAGAGCUCCAUAGUGGGUCAGAAGCAGAGGAGGAGAGGAACAAGGAUGAGGGGGAGGAGCAGAAAAAGGGAGAGAAAGAGCAGCGAGAUAUUCUUGAGAUUGUAGAGAGGAAACGCAGCAAGGAGAGGAACAACAACGAGGUGGAGCUGCUGGUGGAGAAAGAGAAGGUGGAGCGGGAGCUCAAGGAGCUGCUGGAGGAACAGGACAGCAAGAAGAACGUGGAGAAGGAGAAAGAGAGGGAGGAAAAACAGGAGGAACUAGCGGAGCUCCUCAAAAAGAUGAAACGUGUGCAAGAGGAGGAGGAGGAGAGAAAAGAGGAGGAGAAGAGAGAAACUGCCGGGGAUGAGGCGAAAGUGGACAAUGAGCGUGAGAAGGAGAGAGAGAUUCGCAAGGAAUUGGAGAAGGUGAAAGCGGGAGAGAGUGAGGAGGUUAAGGAUCCUCAGCAGAAGAGAGUGAUGGAGAAAGCAAGUGAUGAGUCGACACGUCAGUUUGAAAAGGAGAGGAACAGGGACGAUGACGAUGAUGAAGAAGCAGAUGAGGCAGAUGAGGUUGAAAACAAUGAGGAUUGGGAAGAGGAAGAUGAGGAUAAAAAGGAGGAUGUUGAGCAGGAUGAAGGAGAAGAGCUUCUGGAGAUUGAGGCAGAGCUGCGAAAAGUGGCUGCAGAGCUUCGGGAGCUUCACAGGGGUCGUUAAGUUCUAAAUUACACACACACACACACACACACACACACACACACACACACACACACACACACACACACACACACACACACACACACACACACACACACA